UAUCGAGAUCCAAGACAAAAAACAAGGGGGGGGGGACAACAGGCAGCCUGCCUCUUUCUAAGUAAUGAUGUCUUGAGAGUAUUUAAAAGUUGAUAGAAAGAUAUGGGGAACUCAGAAAAUAUCCAGAUUACUUGAUCACUAAAGAUCCACCACAAAGCUCAAUAAAUAAUUCAGGCUUGAAGCCCUUCCUUGGAGGAGCCGCCAAGUUUAGGAAGCAAAACCUAAUCCGAGAUGCAACCCAAGGUCUUCCCCCAGCGCCUUCCCUCCCAGACAAACCUGCUUGUGGCUUCUCUGCAGACAAGAUGAAAUCUUGUCUCACCAUUUUUGGUGAGGAGGGACCCAGUCGACCUUGGCAGUCCGUGGAGCUGGGGCCCUUCCUCUGCAUGCAGGGCUCGGUCUCCGGUGAAGUGGGGAGAGGGAGGGAGGAAUGUGGAGCCGGCCUUGGCCGCUGUGUGCACCAGCAGCUGCGCCAUGGCCAGAGGUGAGCUGGCACAGGCCCCGGCUGGUGGGGGCUCCCCGAGCUGUGUUUUCGUUUUUCUGGGUCUGGCUGGAAAACAGAAGAGGCUGGAAGCCCGGGCCAAGAGAGCAGGGUGGAGGCAGAGAAGAAGAGUCUGUAAACACCGCCCCAAAAUCUCCACGAAGGCAGCAAAAAAAAGAAAAAAGAAAAAAAAAAUGCCGAGGAACCAAACAGAGCGAGAAAGAAUCAUUCCGAAGGAAAAAAAGAGUCAAGAGCGAGACAAGGGAGUGGAACGUCCUGGGGGCCCAUGAGCCAGGCGCAUCCGCAAAUGCCCCCGCCACUGUUCCUCUGGAAAGAGCCAAAUCGUGACGCUGUCGAAGCCGAAAACGCUAGUGUCCACGCUGGGGUCCCACGGCAGGAAGACUCGCGGAUACCUGGAAAGAAAACAGCGUCGGAGGCCCCAGGAAACACCCAGCCUGGACUACGCCCCGUUUUCGCUACUAUCCCAUCCCCAACCUUCCGCAGAUUUACCUGAUCUAUUCCCACCGCUUCAGGUCUCAACCCAAAGGCGCGCCUCUGUCCCCUCCCCGCUUUACGCUACUCUGGGCCCCACUGGGUUAGGGGAAGAGAAGGGGAGCUGGAGGAGGCCGCCCUUCCUUCCCUACCCCACCCGCCCGGUCCUCCGCCCCCACCCGCCCGGUUCCCCCGCCUCUCUUCUGGGUGAAUGGUGCGUGGCCGCGCGGCGGGCGCUGGCUCUGGCGCUGGGGACGGCGCGGGCGGCGGCGGGGACCGCGGGUGCACAGCGCAGACCCGGGUUGGAGCCGCCCGCUUUGCAUACGCCGUGGGCGGAGCGGGGGGGGGCGGGCCAAUGGGCGGCCGCCUGGCGCGACCCCGCGGGGCGCGAUCCGCCCCCCUCGCUCGGGCCCCGGCCCCGCGCCGCGCGCUCUUCACUUCUUGGGGGCUUUUUAAAACAGCGCCACUGGGGUCUUCUCCAUGCGGCUCGGGCUAUGACAGCCUCCGUGCUCCUCCACCCCCGCUGGAUCGAGCCCACCGUCAUGUUUCUCUACGACAACGGCGGUGGCUUGGUGGCCGACGAACUCAACAAGAACAUGGAAGGGGCGGCGGCGGCGGCGGCGGCGGCGGCAGCGGCGGCGGCGGCCGGGGCCGGGGGCGGGGGCUUCCCCCACCCGGCCGCCGCGGCCGCGGGGGGCAACUUCUCGGUGGCGGCGGCGGCCGCAGCGGCCGCCGCGGCCGCAGCCAACCAGUGCCGCAACCUGAUGGCGCAUCCGGCGCCCCUGGCGCCCGGCGCCGCCGCUGCCUACAACAGCGCGCCCGGGGAGGCGCCCCCGUCGGCCGCCGCGGCCGCCGCGGCCGCCGCCGCCGCCGCGGCCGCGGCCGCGGCUGCGUCGUCCUCUGGAGGGCCCGGCCCGGCGGGCCCGGCGGGCGCCGAGGCCGCCAAGCAGUGCAGUCCCUGCUCGGCGGCGGCGCAGAGCUCGUCGGGGCCCGCGGCGCUGCCCUACGGCUAUUUCGGCAGCGGCUACUACCCGUGUGCCCGCAUGGGCCCGCACCCCAACGCCAUCAAGUCGUGCGCGCAGCCAGCCUCGGCCGCCGCGGCUGCCGCCGCCUUCGCGGACAAGUACAUGGAUACGGCCGGCCCGGCGGCCGAGGAGUUCAGCUCCCGCGCCAAGGAGUUCGCCUUCUACCACCAGGGCUACGCGCCCGGGCCUUACCACCACCAUCAGCCCGUGCCUGGCUACCUGGAUAUGCCGGUGGUGCCCGGCCUCGGGGGCCCCGGCGAGUCGCGCCACGAGCCCCUGGGUCUCCCCAUGGAAAGCUACCAGCCCUGGGCGCUGCCCAACGGCUGGAACGGCCAAAUGUACUGCCCCAAAGAGCAGGCGCAGCCUCCCCACCUCUGGAAGUCCACUCUGCCCGACGUGGUUUCUCAUCCCUCAGACGCCAGCUCCUACAGGCGAGGGAGAAAGAAGCGGGUCCCUUACACCAAGGUGCAAUUAAAAGAACUCGAACGGGAAUAUGCUACAAACAAAUUCAUUACCAAGGACAAACGGAGGAGGAUAUCAGCCACGACAAAUCUCUCUGAGCGGCAGGUUACAAUCUGGUUCCAGAACAGGAGGGUCAAAGAGAAAAAAGUCAUCAACAAACUGAAGACCACUAGUUAAUGGAUUAAAAGUGGAGCGAGAGAGCAACUUGAAGAAAUGCUUCAGAACUCGUUGCUUUGCCCAGAUAGAAUGAACAUAAUGCUUAAUAAUAAUAACUGAAGAAUGGGAAAGAGAAAGAGAAAGACACUGGCAUUUUGCUUUCCUAAGGGAGAUCUCUUUCUCCUUGGUGGAAUCUACAACUCUUUUAAAACUUUAAGAAAAGGUAAAGACUUUCAGUUCUCCCGCCAACCCCACCAGACCGUUAAAUGACAAACUCUAGAGUUGAACGUCAACCCCCAAAUAUGCAAUUUCAGAUAAGUUACGCAUUUACUGAAAUCUUGUAAGUAUUUAUGUGACCAUACUAUUUCAGGAUACUGUGUUAUAUGGUAAUAAUCCAAAACUUGGUUACAAAAGUAAGAGGCUGUUGUAAACAUCUGCUUGUCUUUGGGUCGCCAUUGACAUCUCCUUUGCAUGUUAAGUGACUGCUCAGGUAAAUCUCAGUGAAAUGCCUACCAUUGUUGUAUAUUCUGCAAAACAUGUAUAGAUUGAGAAGGGGAGAGAGGAGAAGGUACUGAAAUAAUGAUCUUGGGCUAUUUACAAUGAAGGAAGAAAGGGAGAGAGAGCUUUUCUGAGGAUCAUUUGUCUUGGUAGUAAAUACAACCAGCUGAGCCUUUGAGGCUACAAGGGAACCCCAGGUUGGGAACGUCUUUCUGACAAUAAUUUUAAAUUGCUCAUAACAAGCAUAUUUUGUGGCAUUUGGAUUAUAUGCUCUGCCUGAUACCAUUUACUUUCCAAAGGAUUUGAUAACUUUUCAAAAAAAAUAUUUCAAGCAUCAGAUGUUUCAUAGAAUUCACUUUAUCAGCUAUCCUGAGAGGUCCAUCGGGACAUGGUGGGCUUUGGAUUGAACAGAGUUCAUGUUUCAUUUAAACUGGUAUUUCCCCCAGAAUUUACUAAACAUUUGCUGGAGAAUAAUUUUGCUUUUUUAUUUUUUUAGAAAACUCAGAACGGAAAUCCAUUCCCCUGAAACAUUUAGAUGUUUACAAUUCUAUACUUUGAUCUAUUAAGGGAUUAGUAUUUUUUCCUUGUUUAUUGUGUUAUAAGACUGCAUUAGGAAGUUUAAGGAUUCAUCUUUACAGCACAUUUUUAAUCAAGCAGUUAUUUCGACCAGCACAUUCAUUUUGUUCACAUUCACUAUAAAAUGCUAUCUUGUAAAUAAAGACAUUCAGCACACUGUGAAAAUGUAUUUGUGCACCUGCUUUUCAAACAUUUCUACUAAAAAUAAGAAUUAAAAAACCUUAGACCUGUAGAUAAUGAUAUAGUGGUAUUAAUUAUGGUAAUAAAAUAGUCACUGCCAUUAAAAUCUAAAGGAAAUACUCAUUAUUUUCCUAUACUAAAUAUGCACUGCACAGAAAGGAAAAAUGGAGCGGGUUUGUCCUAUACAAACCAAGGACCAUUCUUUUCUAUUAUUAAUUCAGUCUUUUUUUUUUUCACUACAAAUUUUUUAAGCAAAAGGAGAACUCCCUCAUAACUAAAAUCCCGAAAAUUUAGAUAAGUGCUUCAAGAAAGUUAAAGCAUUAGACAUUCUGAGAAGGAGAAAAAAGAAAGGAGGAAGAGAUAGUAUAAAUUCCCAGGCUCACUGUGGAAAAUGAAAACCAGUUGUUGAGUAUCAGUGAUGCCCAGGCUAUAUCGUAUUUUCAAAUAUACUGUUGGGUCUGCAUGUGUCUGAAAGGGCAGGUUUUGAUAUUUGUUGAAAUGACAGGACUAGGAAAGGCCUUAAACCUUGACCUUGACGAAAAAAGACAAUUUGUGACCUUGACUUUUGACAGCUCAUGAAUUGGCCUCGGCUGGAUUAGUAGAUCAAGGGCGCCACCUCGCGUUGACAAGCUUCCUUGUAAUUCUUCAGCUUCAAGGGAAUCAAAAGGUCUUACCUCCUUGACUCCUUGUUUUAGAGGUUUAGUACUCAUUUCUUUGGCUCCAGAUGGAACAAAUUUGAAUAUAUGUAAGUUAUACAUGUGCCUGUAUAUAUGUGAAUAUAUAUUAUUUGUGUGUAUACAUGUAUACAUUUGCAUAUCAGUGCUUGUGUGUGCUUGUAUAUAUAUAUAUAUAUAUAUAUAUAUAUAUUUGUAGAGUCUGUACAGAUCCAAUAUCACUAAUUACUGAUGACCCAA